UUUCCAUUCAAGAUGGCAGCCAAGAGCGAUCUGAGGUGGCCGCGCUUGUUACUGUGGAGGCUGUGGCAGGCCGGGGGGCCUCCACCGAAGCCGGCAUCGGGCCUGGGCCUAGACGCGAGGACGUACUCCCAGGGCGACGGCCCGUACUCGCGCACGGCGCUCUAUGAGCUGCUUGGCGUCCCCUCCACUGCCACGCAGGCGCAAAUCAAGGCAGCCUAUUACCGGCAGAGCUUCCUCUACCACCCCGACCGCAACUCCGGGAGCGCCGAAGCUGCCGAGCGCUUCACGCGCAUCUCUCAGGCCUACGUGGUGCUGGGCAGUGCCACCCUGCGUCGCAAGUAUGACCGCGGCCUGCUCAGCGACGAAGACCUGCGCGGGCCGGGCGUCCGCCCCUCCAAGACGCCCGCAGCCGACCCGGGUUCGCCCUACGCCCGGCCGCCCGCCUCUCAGCGCCACAGUGGUGGUCAGACUGCGUCGGGCGCCAGCCGCACCAUGUUCGAUUUUGACGCCUUUUACCAGGCGCACUACGGAGAACAGCUAGAGCGCGAGCGGCGCCAGAGGGCCCGGCGGGAAGCCCUUCGCAAGCAGCAGGAGGAUCGGGCCAAGAAGGGCCUCCACUGGGACGAGACCCGAGACACGGCUUUCGUUUUCCUUCUCCUCACGUUCUUCAUCAUCAUCGGCUUUCGUUUUUAAUGGAGAGAGGAGGGAAGGGAGCAGCCCCAGCCAGUCCCAAGAAAAAGGCCUUUCCAAGUCUCUGGAACCUUUGCCUUCCAUAGUCUACCUCUUCUGGGUUCCGAAGAAGGAACUGCGCUUCCAUUCCUCCUCUCCCGUUGGCCUGCACAGCCCUCCCUGUGCUGCAGAAAGGAAGCUUUUCCACGUCGAAGAAAGAGGCCUCGCGAUGCACAGCCCCGAAAACCUGAGACCGAAGGGUUUUCUGGAGUCCUUCCAGAGGUUGCCUUCCCGAUGCAGUCAGCUUCUGGAACACUUGGUCUGGCUUUAUUGUAAAGCUCUGAGCGAAAGGUGUGUGCCCUUACCCCAAAUUGUACCGUGGGGUUCCCCUGUUAACCUUGAAACGUGCAAUGUGGCCAGUUGUUGACUGCCAAAAGAAAAAAUUCUGGGUUGUACCACCCUUGUCUUUCUUUAGUUUCCCAAGCUGCAGACCUGAUGUAGGAUGAGAAUGUGAUUUGUGGAAAUCUGGCCGUUCUUCGGUGGUCAGCCCCAGCCGCCUUAUGUUGGGCGUGUAGUAGUGGGAAAGUCAAGUGGGCGAGUGUAAGGAUGAGUGUUCCUGUGCCCAUACUUACCCAGGUGUGAUCUUGAAGGAGUGACACUUUGAGUGUGACCCCAGUGAAGCAAACCAUUGUUCUCUAAGUGUUUGCACUUUAUCAUUAUUAUUAUUAUUAAUCAACAAGCUACCAGAGCCAUGUUUGUCCUGAUGGAUAAUGACAGUGUGCCAUUCACCUGGUUGUCCCUUUGCCAGCCAGCCCCAUUACUAAGUGCAGCCACCCACCGCUCCCAGAAACAACAAUAAAAAAGAGAGUUUAA